AUUGAUAAGGGCCGAAUUUCUAUCGGCCUCUUUUUAUUGUGGGCACCAGGCGGGCUGACAGAGGUAAAUUGCUCUUUUAAUUAAAGCAAUGCACCAGGGGAAAUUGCUGUCUGAAUAUUGUCUCAGAGAUGGGGGCCAGUGACAGUUGCCUGGAAACUUCAAUCUGUCCACCCGCAUUUAUUCCAGAUCACAGUUAUGAGAUAAAGUUUAAUAAAAAUCGUUUCCUCCGCCACCAACGAAAUGAAAUCCAACCCUUUCUGAACAACUGAACACAAUGAGACAGGACUGCGGAGGAAACCUCAUGUUCAACAUGUAUCUCUCAGAUCCAACAGAAAAUCUGUUGAAAGAAAGCAAAGGAACAUCAUGGGGUCCAAUAAAUACAGGAGUACAGAAAGGCAGUGGACAGAUUCAGCUCUGGCAGUUCCUGCUGGAGCUCCUCUCUGACAGCACCAACAUGUCGUGCAUCGCCUGGGAAGGCACCAACGGCGAAUUCAAGCUCAUCGACCCGGACGAAGUGGCCCGGCGCUGGGGGGAGCGCAAAAGCAAACCCAACAUGAACUACGAUAAGCUGAGCCGGGCGCUGCGCUACUACUAUGAUAAAAACAUCAUGACCAAAGUCCACGGCAAGAGAUAUGCUUAUAAGUUCGAUUUCCACGGCUUGGCGCAGGUGUGCCAGCCGUCCACCACGGAGCAGGCCAUCUACAAGUUUCAGGGUAACUUCUCCCCGAUUCCCUUCUCCGGGAUUUCCAAACUGAACCUCGUGGCCCCCGGCGUGGGGCCCUCGGGUUUCUCCUACUGGCCUGGCUCCCCGUCGGCGGCUCUGUAUCACAGCCACAAUCUCCAGCCUCCGGGGCCCUUUGGCACCGUUUCUCCGUCCCACAUCAGCUGUGUCAACAACAUCAACAGCCUGAGCAACAUUAACAACCACUACAACUGACUUUUAACGCAUCUUUUAGACAAACUGGAAGAAUAUUAACGCCACGAGUGAUACAGCAAUGAACGAGAGGACGGGAUGGUCGGUUUUGGUAGUUUGCAGAUAAAAAUAUGGUCUUAAGCUAAAAUUCACUUGAUUUGGUUAAAAAAAAAUAACGUUUUUAAACGACACGCAAGAAUUAUUUCGACAUUUUUGCUCUGUUUUAAGCUUUAAGGCCAAGACAUCCGUUGACGAGCAAAUAUUUAAUCUAUCAAACCGCCUAUCAUAUUACGCACACUGGUUUCAACUUUUACGCGCGGUUCUUCAAUAAUUAUGUUAGAUAAAUUUUAACCCAUACAUAACCCAAAUAUGGAAUUUCCUAAUUCCACCCACAAUCUGUGAAAUUAAAUCAUAGAUCAAUAAAAGCUUCCAUGUGGAAGACCGGUUUUCCAAAUGAACAAACUCUAGAAUAUUAUUUAAAAAUUAUGAUGAAAGACAUAUUGUCUGUUUUAUCACUAUCAGUUUUUAUCCCCUGCUGUUCCUUUGCUGUUCCUCAUCCCUUCUUCCUUGAGUUCAGUGUUUCUUUUUAGAUACACAUCAGUGUAUUUACACCAACUUGGGAGCAGACUGCUAGCUAUAACUGGACUAUUGGCGCCAUCUCGUGGUGUUAUGACACAGCCAAAUGCCUGUUGGACUAUAUUUUUCCACAUCAUCACUACCACCACUGCAACACCUGAAAGAUCAGCCACAUGUUAUUUUACCCCAGAAAUCAAAUCACAGGGUUAAACCACAUUCUUUAAAAAACAUCCUCAUAAAAGUAAAAACCACUUGCAAUAAAAAUAAAACUACUUCAGAGGUAUAGAGUUGUUGUUUGUGUGACAUAGGCUCUGACGUGAAUAGUAACAGAAACUGUGAAUUGUUGACCUGACUCUGUAAAUACUGUAGGGUACAGACCGCUCAGGCUAUCGCUGCUUUUUAGUGAUUUUGAAGUGAAUUACAGUGCAUUCAUUCACAAAUGCUCAUACUGUAGCUAAACCAACUGUACCAAUAAAAAGUAAAUAAAA